AUGCUUGAUCAAAAGCGACAUACAAAAAUACUUGAUUCAAGAGGACUUAUUUACGAAUCAUUUCAAUCCAUUACAGCAACAUUAAGACAAAUGAAAAAUUUCAAACAAAUACUUCUUAUUCCUUUACCAUUUUGGGUUGGUACUUCAGAAACUUUUCUUUUUGGUGUUUUCACAAAUAGUUUUAUUACUUGUUCGAUGGGUGUUGAAUAUGUCGGUCUGAUUAUGUUUGGCUUUGGUAUAACUGCUUGCAUUUUUAGUUUGAUUGUUGGUUAUGUAGUUAAAUUUGAACAUCGUUUACAAUGGUUUUUAUUAGCUUUUUUGGCGUAUUAUGUUUUAUUAAUUACUAUGCUUGUAUGGAGACCACUUGCAUCAGAUAUAUACAUCUCAUACAUUAUAGUCGGUGUUAGUGGAAUAACAAGUGCUCUGUGGGGUUCUGUUAUGCCAGUCAAAAUAUCAAUUUCUUCCAUUAUGGGAGCAACAAGAAAAAUGCCACAACGUAUUCUUCAGCGACAAUCGAUAAUACAGAUUGCAGAGAAACAACAAGAGAUUACAGAACAACAACAACAAAUUAUACGAGAACAACAACAAAUCACACAACAACAACGACAAAUCUCACAACGACUACAGACACAGAUUGUACUGGAACAACAACAGGCACAGAUUGUAUUGAAACAACAACAGGAACAAAUUAGACAACAACAACAAAAAAUUGUAUGUCAACAACAGCAAAUUGCAAAGCAUCAACAGCAAUUUAUGCAGCAACAAAUUACAGAGCAAUAUCAAUAUAUUGUACAGCAACAACAACAAAUCGCACAACAACAAGAAGUAAUUGCACAGCGACAACAAGAACUUUCAGAACAACAACAGAAAUUUGCACAAUUCCUAGAAAAAAAAUGUACAAAUACAACAACAACAUAUGAUAGAAAUAUUCGAUAUUGUUGGUUGUAUGCUUAA